AUAUUUACAUCUAGCGAGUUGUCAAAGUGCUUGUGUGGAGGACGCGCAUCGUUUUCUUUAUUCGUUCGGAAUUCCUUACCAACCCGAGAUUUUCACGAAAAUUUCGAAGAAAUAUUAAGUUUAACCACCGGAAAGACAAGCCAUGGGCUCCAAGAAACACAAAAAGCAUAAAUCUGAGCGGAAGGAACGCGAAGAGAAAGCCAACCUACUUCUGGAUCGGCCACCGAGUCUAAAACUAAUCCUGAAGGUGAGCGGCAAUAAUUCCACCCCGGAACAUGGUAACGAUUCGCCAGCUUAUGGAAUCCAUCAGGAAUUGAGCAAUGCGGCGUUUUCUGGGGAGUAUUCCGGAGAGCGUCACAAAAAGUCCAAGAAGAAGAAAAAGAAGAAGGACCGCGAGAAGAAGCACAAGCACCAUAAGGAGAAACGCCGGCAUCGGGACGAUUCCAGCCAAGAGGACUUUAACAGCUUCGGGGAUGAGAGUUCCCAAGCGCCACCAGAUGGAAGUGCGCCGCUUUACAUUCCUCCAAUGGCCACAACUCCGGUCAGUGUGGGAAGUCCUGCUUCGCUUCCGGUCACGAAAGCAUUCGUUCCGAUUAAGACUCCCGAGCCGGAACCGGUGCCAAUUGCACAACCGGCAACCCCAGCCACUCCAGCCACUCCGGCUACCCCAGCACCUUCUAUGAAGGAGGAGAUUAACGCUCCAAGUUCCGUGACCACGGAAGAACCCAUCCAGAGUCCGGUUUCCAUCCAAUCCUUGUCCCGUCCGGGAAGCAAGAUGGAUUUCCACGACUCCAAUUCCAACCAAGCCCCGAAAACACCCGGCUCGGAUUGCAGCGGCCGGGAACCGAGAACCUGUGUGCUGAAGCUGAAGCAAAGUCGUUCCCCGUUGGCGCGAUUGUUGGACCAUUUGCUGAAGGCGCUGGAGAAACGCGAUCCGCAUCAGUUCUUUGCCUGGCCGGUGACCGAUGAUAUUGCGCCGGGGUAUUCGACGAUCAUUACGCGGCCCAUGGAUUUCAGCACCAUUAGGCAGAAGAUCGACGACAAUGAGUAUACUUCGGUGUCGGAGUUUAGCGACGACUUUAAGCUGAUGUGCGAGAAUGCUAUCAGGUACAAUCAUUCCGAGACGGUAUACCACAAAGCGGCAAAGAAGUUGCUCCACGUUGGAGCCCGUCUUCUGCAGCCGGAAAAUUUGAUGCGCUCUCUCCGCCCAUUAAUGACCUUUAUGCGAGAGCUGACUUCAAAGGAGCUUGGAUUUGAACUUCCUGCAUCGUCCGACGGUCCAGAAAAUGAGCAACACAUGCUGGAUUCAGCCGACGAAGCAGUUGCUGCGGCCGUCGACGAAGGAAUCAAUGCUCAGAUAAACGCCCAGCUCGAAGAGGAAGAGAAACGCAAACAGAUUCGGCUGGAGAACAAUCCGACGUCGAAGUUUGAACCAUUUGUCGAUGAUUUGACGGCGGAGGAAGUUUUGCAACAGGUCCAAACGGCUGCUCUCAACGCCAGGACCAAGUUGAUGAAAAAGAAGUCAGCCCACAAGAUGGGAUUCCUGAGGCAGGCCAAGGAUGGAACCACUUCGAUGAACAUCCUAAUGGAUAAUGAGAAUAACGCACCAGAGAAGGUCGUUUCGUUGGAAGCAUUUACUGGAAAGCUUCAGUAUGGAACCGCUCUGUUGCAAGGAUUCCGAGAAGAUCGAAGGAAUUUUGCCAAAACCGUGAAACCCCUGAGCUACGGAGCCUUCAGUUCAUUCGCGCCAAUUUUCGAUUCUCGUUUCUCGAAUCUUUCGAAAGAGGAAUCUGAAAUGGUGCUGAACACUUAUGGCGAUGAGACGGGGGCUGAUUACGCCGAAAGUAUUAUGCGUUUCUCUAAGGAUAGUCCUUAUGCCGGAGGAAUCGCCCACAGCCUCCUGGACAUUCUGACAAAUGGUGACCAUCGGAAAACGUUUGCCACGCUAUACGAGUCGGAUAUGCAGCGCCAGGAGAAGGAUGCGGUGAAAGAAACCUUCCCGGAACCCAGCGAACAGGAAGCGAAACGCCAAAAGCUGUCCGACGUUAAAAUCGACUUCGACAGUCUCCGUUCCCUCUCCAGCCUCGGGUUGGACGUUGAGUUUCUGGACGACCUGGAGCUGCAGUUGGAAGUGGCUCAAAUGACCAAUUCGUUGCAGCAGUCAUUGAACAACAAUUCCAGUCUGAUCCAGAAGCUGCACCAGAUCCAGACGGAUCGACUAUCGGCACCGCUUCCGGCGCAUCUGUCCUUUGUGAAGCGAGCCGGGGAGAACGAAAUCGAUUUGGCGGCGCAGAUUACGAACAACUUGACGCAGAUUGCAAAGCAGUUGCCCCCGGUGGCUAUUGCGGCUCCGCAAGGGCUGCGGAAGGCGAUGGGACUGAGUAACGUGGGCUUGGAAAUGUUUCAAACACCUCCGGUUGGAAUAACGAACUCUCAAGCACCUGGAGCACCCCCGCAGCCCAAUAUUAACGCCAACAGUGCACAAAAUAAUGAAGCCGAUAUCAUCGACACAACUCCGAUGGACAUGGACCUGGAACCGGAGACGAUUACCCACCACCAUCCGAAUCCAAACCCAUCUCAGGUGGACAUCGACAGUGAGUUACGUGAGCUGCUCAACACCACAAGCUCGAACGGUGGCGAAACGGGUGGAACUGAACCGGACGCAAGCAUCGAACAGAUGCUGAUGGAUUAAAUGUGCAUGCAGGGAUGCUCUGUAAUGGAUGCUGUAGACAGAACAAGUUUUACAUUUACAAUUGUGUUGCACCUUACGGCAAGAAUCAAUCCGCUUUUAUCUUCGUAAAUUAUAUAAGAAAAUAAUAGUUUUAAUGGUCUCACA